AUGGGCGGGUAUUUCUCCAAAGACCUGGAGGAAUGCCUGCGCAAUGAGAAGAGGAAUCUCAACAAAUCGAUUAGAGAGUUAGAGCGGGAGAUCUUUAAGUUAACAAAUGAACAGAACAAGAUUGAAAAAGAGAUUAAGAUAAAUGCCAAACGAAAUGAAAGCAUCUCCACGGUUAGAGCAUUGGCAAAGGAUUACAUCAGCAUUAAGAAGACCAUCGGAAAGUAUAACAAAUUAAAGUCACAUCUCUUUUCAAUGAAGAUAAAACUACAGAGUGUUAAAUCGUCGGAACAACUUGGACGGAGUCUGACUGAGAUCAAUAGAAUCAUUAAGAGAGUCAAUGGAUACAUGAAGCUAACCUCCCUUAAUAAAUCCAUAAAUGAAUAUCAGAGGGAGAAUAACGAGGUGUCAUUGAAAGAAGAUAUGCUAGAUGAUCUAUUUGAGACGUUCGAUUAUGACUCCGAGAUGGUUGCAGAAGAGGAUGAGCUUGUUACCAAAGUUUUAGAAGGAAUGGGGAUUCAGAUGAAUGCCAAAUUGGAUGACAUUCCCGCCCCGGGGGAACUUCCCCAAACACACGUAGAUAGCGUCGGCCUCUCCGACUUCGACACACGCAUCAAUAACCUUCGCCUCGGAAAGUCCUAG